UUUUAUUAUGGUUUGCUUAUUUAUGAAAUAACAGCAAUCUUUAUAACGUUGAUAAUAACUUGCGUUUCUUUUUCAUCAUAUUUGGUAAUAAUCCAACACGCAUGUGUGCUAUUUAGGUUUCUAAUGAUUAAAAUAAAUCAACCGUUCAAGGACCAGGUAUAUAAAAAAGAUUGUUGGUAUAAUAGAAAAAUUCAGAAAGAGCAGGAAUGGAUUGUCGACAUAAUAGCCAGAUAUAUAAAAGCUACGGAAUAUUGCAAUUUCCUACGAUUUUGAAAAAUACAGACGAAAUGUUUGAAUGUUUCAUCGUUAUUGUCGAAUCUUUAUCAACUGCUUAUAUUAGUUUUUACAUGGGACAAAUGGUUAUUGAUCAUAGCACAGCAGUUUUCCAAGAAUUAUGUCAAGUUCCAUUUUAUAUGCUCUCUGAAAAAGCUCAAAAACUUUUGUUACUUAUAAUAGCAAGAAGCAUGAAGCCAUGCCAUAUUUCAAUCGGUGGUAUAUUUAUAGCGUCGCAUGAAAUUUUUGCCAAGAUAAUUCAAAAAGUUUUUUCAUUUGCAAUGGUAUUUUAUAAAACACCGUAAGAAAAUGGUAAUACCACAAUGAAAAUAUAUAUUUUGUAGUUACAAAUAGAAGAUUUCACUUCUUCCAAAAGUCACAUUUUUGAACUUUGCAAUCAUUUUAAGUAUUAAAGAUAGUUAAAUAUAACUGUUGUAGAUUUAAAUUUGGUU